AUGUCAAAUCCUACAAGAAAUACAAAUGGUAUCAAAGAUCAAGCAGUCACAAAACCUGAAUCUCUGAACGCUACUACAGGUGAAGUCCUAGUGAAGAAAUCCACAGGCAAAUCACGUGUCCGCAAAGGUCAAACGGAAGAACAAUACCAAACUCAAUUAUAUGAAUAUUUCGAAUUGGAAGAGGGCCCCAUUCGUACUGAGGUCGAUUGGAUGAAUAAUAUCAAGGAGCCCGAUGAUAUUUUAAGUUGGGAAAAGUUUGAUCUUGAAGUGAAACAUGCAAGAUUGGUUUUGAAUGGUGUUUGCUAUCGUUUGUAUUUUCAAAGGCGGUAUAAGGAAUGUUUAGAGUUUGGUACGAAAUUAUUAGAUUUGUACAAGCCGUAUAAUGAGAACCACAAGAAUAAACUUAAGAAGGAGAUUGAUGAAUUGGAAUAUAUGCAAAAGCAAUGCUUAUCGAAGGACUUUUCAUCCAUUAAUCUUCAAAAGUAG